GCUUUCAUGUAGUUACUCUUUUAAAUAAACCUUUAUUUUCAAAGUUCAAUCAAUUCAACCUAAUCCAUCCAUCCAUCCAUCGAUCAAUCAAUCAAUCAAUCAAAAAUCAACAACAUCCAGAAAAUGUAUCUCCCAAAUGCCCAAAGUGUUUUGACCGCAGGUCUCGCUAUGACCGGCACUCUCACCAAACCCAAAGAAGUAGCCUCUGGCCACAUCCUCGACUACGCAGUCGAAAGCUGUCUCGACAGCGACCACAACCGACGCUGUACAGCCCCCUUCCUCGUAACCGGCGAUUCCUGCUACAAAAUCGAAUGGAGCACCGACGGCGUACUCUCUCACACUACCGUCGAAGUACGCGAUGCGGGCAGCGAUGAGAUUGUGUACUAUCGCGAUACGAAUGGUGAGUGGGAGAGCAAAAAGGGAGAAUUGGUUUAUUUGGAUUUUAAGCCAAAGGUGCCCGGGCAGGGAAAUAAUACGGUGGAUUGGAGUGUUAGUACUUGUAAAUAAAUUUUGGGUGGGUAAAUGGAUUGGGGAGGGUAUUGGCGUAUCAGGUGGUAUUGGUAUGUAAUGGGGUGGGUGUAAUGUACGAUAUUUAAUGCA